AUGAACACUUUUCACAAUCCUUUAACAAUCCUCCUCCUACUCAUAUUCAUUACAUUUACAUUAGACUUUGUGGCUGCAUUACGACAACUUGAACCACCAAACCCGGAUGAAAUUACAAAAGGUAUGAUACCGUCAAGGUCAACUGUCGAACCAGAACCUACAAAAUCUAAAUACAGAGGGAAAUCGAUUGGUGGAAUUUCAGGAUUAUUGGGUGGUCUUUCUACACCAACUUCUUCAAUUAUGGACAAUAAUAUUCAUCAUCAAGCAACUCCUAUUUUAUCAAAUUCUAUAAAUACAAUGCCUUCUACAAGACCUGUUUCAUUUACUCCAAAUCGUAUUCUUUCUAAUGAAGUUCCUAAAGAAACGCAAAAUCCAACCCCUUUUCAUAGCAAUUUGGAAAAUUCUGGUAUUUUUAAUGGUGGUGAAACCGCAUAUUCAUGGAUGGUUCUAAGUGUUGUUUGUGCUUUUUUAAUUGGGUUUAUUGGAUUUUUAUCGGUUUAA